AUGAAGUUCCUAUCAGAGCUAGACGAUGAUAGGUUCGCUAGGGUAGUGAUUGCGCAAGAUUUGAAGGAGUUUGGGAUCAAAGUGCCCAAAAUCAAGAAGUCGUCGAAAAGCCAGGACAAAAACCACAGCCCAGGCGUUGGUGUGUUUGGGAGGAGGCUUACCAAUCUACCCACAGUGCCAGUCAGCACCCCUGCUGGGACAUACCAAGUACCAACUUUUCUUGUUACGACUGUCAACUUCCUGGAGGAACACAUCGAAACCGAGGGGAUCUUUCGUAAAUCUGGGUCACAUGCACGACAGAAAGACCUCAAGAUCAAGCUGGAUGAAGGUGGAGAGUUUGGAGAGGCCUCUGUCCUGGACGUGGCGAACCUGUUCAAGCAGUUUUUCCGCGAGCUGCCCGACCCGCUCUUCACCCACCGGCUGCACAGCUGCCUGCUGAAGGCCCAGGAGAUCCAGCAGGACAGGGACAGGAUCCUGGCCCUCCUGUCGGUGUGUGCCAUGCUGCCCACCCUCCACCUCAACACCCUACAGUACACCAUGUCCUUCCUGGCCAGGCUGGCUGCCAGGGCAGACUCCAACAAGAUGGACGAGAACAACCUGGCCCUGACAUCAGCUCCGACAAGCUGCUGA